AGUGCCCUAGGGAAAGAAGUGCCCUCGGUUUGCUCCCUUCGAGCACUGAUUCGGCUCAUGGCUUUAAAAUAAAACCUCUAAAUACAGUAAUUUAAAGCUGUGUGGAGGAUUUAUCAGAAGCAGAUGGCGUGUGCCAGAGUUCCUCUAGACGAGCAGCAGGUGACAGAGGGUCCGAAGGGACGAGAGCGAACCCUUCCAGCUCUGCAUCCCGAGCGUAAAGAGGACCGCUGCUUCAUGCUCUAUCAACCCCCACCUGAGGACGCCUCACCUGCACAGGUAGAGGAAUUCCUGGAGCAUGCCCAGUUCAUCUCUGAGGAUCUGGAGUGGCUGCUGGCGCUACCCCACGACAAGUUCUGGUGCCAGGUGGUGUUUGACGAGUCACUCCAGAAGUGUUUGGACUCGUAUCUGAGAAACGCUCCGCGGGGGACAGACUGCACCAGCCUGUCUUCCUCUCCAGCUGUAGCAGAAAUGCAGCGCAGCCUUCAUCGCUCCGUCUUCAUGGUCUUCCUCAGGAUGGCCACCCAUAAAGAGUCGAAGGACAACUUCAUCACUCCUGCUGUGUUUGGGGAAAUUAUUUAUGACAACUUCCUGUUUGACAUUCCCAAAAUCCUGGACUUGUGUGUGCUGUUCGGCAGAGGGAAUUCUCAGCUGCUGCACAAAAUGAUCGAGAAUAUCUUCAGUCAGCAGCCCAGCUACUAUAAUGACCUGAAUGAAACGGUACCCUCUGUCAUUCAGGUAUUUGAUACAGUGUUGGAGAAGUGUGGAAUACACUCUGAGGAAACAGGUGCCAAUGAGCCGCUCAAACUGAAUACACACCCCCGUCACACUACCAUGACCAUGACAGAGGAGGACCUUGCUGACCUCAUCUUGUAUCUGUGUGACACCUGCACCACCAUACACUCUUUCCUGGACAUAUUCUCUGAGGCCUGCCCCACCUUUCACCAGCACGGCUUUCUCAACAGGUUGUCCUCUUUCUAUGAGGCGGUGGUGCCUGAUCUGGAGAAAGCAGUGAUUAAGAGAAACUUUGAUAAAUGUCUGCAGGAGGAUCUGUGGAGGAGAGUGUGUCACUCUCGUAGGAGAAUGGUGGAGAUUACACACCUGCUGCUGCAGCACACCUGUCUACAGCCUAUACUGGAGGGGUCUGAACACACAGCUUCUUUUGUAGAAGAUUUUCUUCAGACCUUCACAGCUUUCUUACAGGAGAAAAGGUUUUUAGCCGAUUAUGAUGAGUUGUUUCCAGUGGCUGAUGACAUCAGUCUGCUUCAGCAGGCUUUUCCUCACCUAGACGACACUCGGACGUCUUACCUGCUGCAGGCUGUGGAGUCGGCGUGGGACAGCACAGGAAAGAAACGGCCCGUUACCGCCUCGUCAGCCAAUCAGAGCAGAGAUGCCGGCAGCAAGACGAGCUGGGACACAGCACCAGCCAAGCUGGAGGCAGCAGGGGGCGGGGCUACAGCAGGGGCGGAGUUUAGAGGGGCGGAGGCUAUGAUGGACAUCCCUCGCAAAGGAUCUAAUGGGGCAGUGUGCACUGUGAGUGCUGGAGAGUUGGAGUCUCUGCUCACUCAUAUUCGUGAUCUGCUGCCGGAUCUGGGCGAGGGUUUCCUGCUGGCCUGUCUGGAGGAGUACGGCUACGACGGUGAACUGGUCAUCAACAACAUCCUGGAGGAUAAACUGGCUCCAGAACUCAAUAAACUGGACAGAUCCAUGCCCAGGCCUGUAAAAGAAGUGCAGCCCCCAGUGAUCACCUCCAGAUCUAAUGUGUUUGAUGAUGAUGAGUUUGACGUGUUCAACCGUGACCAAGUGGACAUGAGCCGCGUUUGGAAGGGCAGGAGAAAGGGGGAGAGUGUGCGUGAGAUGCUGAAUGAUAAGCGUCACGUUGAUGAACAGAGAGAUCGGUAUCGGAGCUACCAGACCGUCGUGGAUGAGAUUCCCAUAACAAGCGACCCGGCCGGGAAUCAGGGCGGAGCUUAUGGUUUUGAUGACUAUGAUGAUGAGUAUGAUGACACGUACGACAUCAACCAGGUGGGAGCUAACGAUCUGGACGAGGACGACGAGCUGCUAAACCGCAGGCCGUUCACCACACCGCAGGUGCUCAGUAUGGGGAGGAAGGGUGAAGAGGAGGAAGAGGAAGGAGAAGAGGAGGUGGAGGAGAAGGAAGACGCAGUAAAGCGGGAUCAGUUUGUGCAGGAUCCUGCGGUGCUCAGAGAACGAGCAGAAGCCAGAAGACUGGCCAUGCAGAACCGGAGAGGCUACAGGCCGCCACCUCAGAGCAAUGUAGUGGGCGGGCCUAAGGGGCGGGGCCAGACGCAGGAAACCACUCAGGAUCGCCGCAGGAAGGAAAUGAACAAGAGCCGAGGAGUCAAUCACAAUCGCCGAGCCAUGGCGGACAGGAAGAGGAAUAAAGGCAUGAUCCCGUCCUGAGAUACGGUCAUACGGAAACGUACGGAACUGACUGUGAUCAGAAGUGGAAGUGGAGGAUGCACUAAAUGUACCAGAUACUGAAUGUAGCAUCCAUUAAAUUAACUUAUCCUCGAAUUAAGAUCAAAGCAAAGAUUAAAAUUCAGAUUCAGAGUUAGAGUUCUGGAUAUUCAACAUUGGACCACGAACUUCUAUUGCAAAUGUUCGCGAGAACAUCAUCUGAUACCUUAUACACUCUUUUAACAAGAGUUCUGAGAAGAUUUCCGGUCUAAAACAUGUUUUAUAAAUUGCGUAUCAUUAAAGUAGUGGAUGGAUACAUUUGAAAUAUUCAGGGUGUUGUGUGGCAAAAAGUAGUCCCUGAAGAAAACGUGUAUUUGUUGAGAGAUAUUCCAUAUAAAGGUAAUAUAUAAAAUACUGUGCAUGUAUCCACUCCAACAUAUUGAUUUAAAAAAAGAUCAAUAAAAUGAUAUGUUGACAUGCCAGAAGUCAUGGGACAUCAAUAUGUCAAAAUGUCAAGACUUGGGAAUGCCGAUUUUUGAAGUUCUGGAGCUUUCUACAGCCACAGUGCAGUGGAUGGUAAUGAUCGUGGCCGGCGACAUCUGGCUAGAAUUGUCCAUGACAAAUGAUUACAAUUUUUAUUUUUUCUUGACAACCAUAAUUCUCACACUGAACUCGAUUCUGUGGAAUAAAUUCAGCUCAAACUCUACAUUUUUAAAGAAUUUAGAAAAUCAGGUGGAAUUCCCCUUUAAUGUCGUCACCACCGUAACAAAACCUCACCUUUAAACGAUACGUUCUUUUAAUUUAAAGGUGAACUCGUGAACUCCGGUGUGAAAUGGACUUGAGUUGUAGUGAAAUGUAAUAAUAAUAAGAUUUUGUGUUAAACAAACAAAAAAAAAAACCACGCUUAAUUAUUUGAGCCCCUCUAUAAUUAAUAACCAUAUUUGGAAAAUGUUAUUAGGCUUAUGUCUGUUUUAAUUUGUAAAGGGAAAAAAUGGGAAGGGCUUACUUAUAAAUAAAUGCAUUAAUAAUGUAGUACAUUAAUAAAUAACUGAGCUCUUUUCUUUAUUUUUAUACAUGGAUAUAUAUGGAAAAAAAUUGAAAAAUUGUAAUAAUUUGAUAUUUCUGAAUUUGUUCUAUUUAGUGAGUCUAAUGAGUUCUAAAUGGGUUUGAAUUAGUUCUACAGGGGUUCUAAUGAAUUCUAAAUAAAGUCUAAUGAAUCUA